ACGUGAGGGGUGGGUAAAAUGAAUGGUGGAAGCGUUUGAUGGUUACAAAGCAAACCGGGAAAAACGUAUUAACAACGCAUUAUUAUUAUAAUAUUAGCUGCACCAGGAAUAUCAACAUGGCUCUCCCAUGAAAAUUGAACUCUGGUGAAACGGUUCAAGUAAGUUAAAUAAGUUAUGUCAUCAUGGCGUUCCCUGAACCCAGACCUCAGGCUCCUCAGCUCCCUCAACAUCUGCUCAGGACCAUAGACUGUCAGCAAGGAGCUGUCAGGGCUGUUCGCUUCAACGCUGAUGGGAACUACCUGCUGUCCUGUGGCAGUGACAAAUCUCUAAAGCUGUGGAGCGUGAGCCGAGGGACCCCGCUGAAGACAUACAGCGGCCAUGGAUACGAGGUUCUGGAUGCCGAUGGUUCCUAUGACAACAGUCACCUGUGCUCCUGCAGCUCCGAUAAGACCGUGAUCCUGUGGGACGUCGCCACAGGCCAGGUCACACGCAAACUGAGAGGCCACGCCGGGAAAGUCAACUGUGUCCAGUUCAACGAGGAGGCAACUGUCAUCUUGUCUGGGUCUCUCGAUGGGACGGUUCGGUGCUGGGACACCAGGUCCAGAAGAUUUGAGCCCAUCCAGGUUCUAGACGAGGCUCGGGACAGCGUCAGCAGCCUGAAGGUGGCACAACACGAGCUGCUUACCGGGUCGGUGGAUGGCAGAGUGAGGCGCUACGACCUGAGAAUGGGACAGCUGCACGUUGACUUCAUCAGCAGUCCCAUCACAUGUGUGUGUUUCAGUCAGGACGGUCAGUGCACUCUGAGCUCCAGUCUGGACUCAACAGUCCGACUACUGGACAAGAGCACCGGGGAAAUGCUGGGAGAGUAUUCUGGACACAAGAUGAAGGGCUAUAAGCUGGACUGCUGCCUGUCGAGUAAAGACACCCACGUUCUGAGCUGCUCAGAAGACGGACACGUCUAUUUCUGGGACCUGGUGGAAGGAUCUUUGUCUUUGAAACUGCCAGUGGGGAAAGCUGUCGUCCAGUCGUUGUCCUUCCACCCCACAGAGACCUGCCUCAUCACAGCCAUGGAGGGGCGCGUCCAGGUGUGGGGGGCAGAGCCCGAGGAGACGGAGGAGGAUGCAGCGGCCACAUAGAGAAUGGUGAAAGUAGUCCAAAGCCACAUUUGCAUGCUGAGAAGAUUUUUUUUUUUUUUUCUUCUCUUUUUCCAAUAACAGUCUGUAAACCUCAUCAUUUUAAAACCUGAUACAACUUAUGGUGGCAUGAUAGCAUCUUACUUCCACAUUUAGUUUCUUGUGUCUGUAAACACAGGGUUAGGUUGGAAAAAGGAAAAAUCGCAAAACAUGAAACUGAAUCACAAAGCAUCAAAGGCUCAUGUGGACGGCUUAACUUGAAUAAGAUCCAAACUGGGGGUAAAAAAAAUAAAUCCACUUUGGUCAGAAGUGAGCUACAUAGAUACACCGUUGAUGUCAGGUGCAGCUAACUUCUUAGCCAGAUUAUCUGUCUUUAUGGCUGUUAGCUUUCCAAAGAUUUAGCUCUCUGGAGAAGGGAAGCAAAUGCUAAACACAUACCAGCUGACACAAAUAGUGCAAAGUCCACAGAUGUAGAGUUCAUGAUCUGGAUGUAAAUCUAAUUUUAGUUUAUGAAUGAAUCAUAACAGUUAACUAAAUGAUCUAGGACUUGGAUUUUUGUGUGUGUGAAAACAUAUAUUUUUGUACAAAACCUUGAAUAAACGUUUUCUUGUAUAAAUGACA